CCACCGCACCCCGCGAACCCUGCCGUUGCCGGGUCCCCCAUGGGAAACGAGGCCAGUUACCCGGAGGAGAUGUGCUCCCACUUUGACAAUGACGAAAUUAAAAGGUUGAGUAAGCGGUUUAAGAAGCUGAACGUGGACAGAUCAGGCUCCCUGAGCGUAGGAGAGUUCAUGAACCUGCCAGGGUUGCGGCGGAACCCCUUGGUGCGGCGAGUGAUCGACAUCUUCGACACCGACGGCGAUGGAGAAGUAGACUUCAAAGAAUUCAUCAGGGGGGCCUCCCAGUUCAGCGUCAAAGGCGACAAGGAGGAGAAGCUGAGGUUUGCCUUCAACAUCUACGACAUGGAUAAAGACGGCUACAUUUCCAAUGGGGAGCUCUUCCAGGUGCUGAAGAUGAUGGUGGGCGACAGCAUAAAGGACUGGCAGCUGCAGCAGCUCGUCGACAAAACCAUCAUCAUCCUGGACAGGGACGGUGACGGGAAGAUAUCCUUCGAGGAAUUCAGUGCUGUGGUCGGAGACCUGGAUAUCCACAAGAAGAUGGCCCUUUGUAUUUGAACCUUCUUAAGAGCACCACCGGACAACAUCGUGUGCUUUCUGUCUCUUUCAAGUUUUGUUCAAGACGUCGAGCAGCUCUCUCUCUGACUUAC